AUGGGCUUUCCGAACGCUGCAGGGUUGACAACGCAAAACUUGGGCCUUCGAGAUCAAAGAGCAGCCCUUGAAUGGACCCAGGCAAACAUUGCCAGCUUUGGAGGUGACCCAACUGCAAUAACACUAUGGGGGCAGUCAGCUGGUUCUCGUUCAACCGACUAUUACAACUUUGCUUACUAUGAGGAUCCCAUAGCACGCGGCUUCUUUAUGCAAUCGGGAACAGCACUUUCAAGCGCGGCCAACCCCGACGUCCAUGGCACCAACUUCACCUUCGUUGCGCGCAAUCUCGGCUGUGAUUUUCCCAAUAACAAGACUGCUGAGCUGGAAUGCAUGCGAGGAGUUCCUGUUAGCGAGAUCGAGAACUUCGUCGGUCAGUACCAAGACAAUUCAAGCACAACAAACACUCAUCAGGCCUCGAUCGCUUUCACCCCCAUUGCGGACGAGGAUGUCGUCUUCAGCAAUUAUACGGCGCGAUAUCGAGCUGGCCAGGUCGCCAAAGUGCCGGCCAUCAUUUCCAACACCGCCAACGAGUACGCAUCUCUGGCAGCGUAUCCCUUGAACAACCUCACCGCAGGUCCCAACCCGCAGGCAGUGUUGAAAGGUACCCUCAACACCGUCUGUGGCAUUUCCAAUUCGAGCAUAUAUCGGAACGACCUGAACAUCUCCACAUAUCGGUACGUCUAUGGUGGCAACUUCUCCAACAUCAACCCUCUAUGGUGGAUGGGAGCAUAUCACGCUUCCGAUCUAGCAAUGAUGUUUGGGACUUAUGGCAUCCGAGCCGGAGAGGUAUCGAAGCUGGAAUCUGCAACGAGUGCUGCCAUGCAAGACCAUGUCCUCGCGUUCGUCAAGGAUCCGAUCAAUGGUCCCAGGAGUGUCAACUGGACGACGUACGAUCACCGCCAGGAUGGUGGCCAGAUGAUCUUGUUUGGAGCCGACGGCAAAGCUGUCCAGCAAGUGAAUGGGACUUCGGUCGAAGGAGUGUGUUAUGGGGAGGGCACGUAUGAUAGCACGCCGUGA